AUGUUAGAGUUGUUCUUCCACUUUGACAUUACAGAGUAUUUUGACUGUGAUGAUGACAGGUUCUUCCAGAGGGUGUGUGAGUCCGUCCCUGUGAGGUCCGGAGAGGAGGACCAGCAGUUGGCCUCUCUCCUCCAGGCCUUGGGCUCCACCCUGUCACUGGGAGGAGAGUUACCCAGGAAAACCUGCAGGUCUGUGGGGAGAGUCCUGGGUCUCUGUGCCUCCAGAGUGGACCUCACUCUUACCCCCAGCAAGAUCUCUCUCCAAGGAGCCUUACUUAUUGUGAGACAUGAGUCAAAGCUACACAAGCUCAGGCUGAAUGUGGGCAUGGCAGUGAAACUGUCCAGACUGGUUAGGAGGACAGGGAGAGGUGCUACUCCACUGACUGUCCCAGAGCUCUCCCUGGUCCUAAAGAGCAACCAGCCACCAGAGAGAGUGUUAUCCAGGGCUCUGAGUAGUGUGGCAUCCCUGCUGAGACUCUGGAGGGUUCAGUGUCUGGACCUGACUGACUUCUGGAUCCAGGGUCACUCUCUCAUCACACUGCUGUGUCACCAGGGACCUCUCUCUCUCAGACUGAACUCAGACACUCUGCAGCAGCUGACUGUAGUUGUGUAUGAAGCUCAGGACAAGGACUUGACUCAGUGGUUCCUGGAGAAGGUUGGUGGAGACCUGACCUCCUGCAGGCUGGACCUGGAAGUGCUUCUCUCUCUGCUGCAGCAUUCAACCCACAACAUCACUGUGGACCUCAGGAAGAACAGGCUCCUAGAGAAGAACAUCUCAGAUCUUCUCCCCUUUCUGGGAAGGGUUAUAUUCAAGAGGUCCAGUUCCAGCUUUGUAAAGUCCACCAUCAGACAGAUCUAUGACAGCAGAGCCAGUGACUGUGUGUCCAGUUUGUUGAGGUCUUCAGACCAUUGGAUCAACCUGAACAGCAGAGAGCUGGACAGAGUGGACUGUACUGCUCUGUGUUUUACCCUGCAGCACUGCCACCAAGUCAAAGUCAACCUGCUGUGGACCUCCAUACCACCGGGGGAGAUAGAGAGCAUCCUGCCUCUUCUGGACAGAGUCUCCCAACUCAGUGUUGACAGGAGGUUACUGCUGAGUUUCCUCCAGUGCUGUGCUGCCUCUCAGAUCCAGCAGGGGGCACCACCACCACCACCACCAACAGCAGUAUGGUUGCUCAGGUCUCUGCACUACAGGCUGGACUUCUCCUGCUCCUCCUCUGUUGACCUGUCAGCUCAGGACCAGGAGGAAGCUCUGUGUCUGACCACUGACCACUGCAGGGCCAUCCACUCUGUUCUGAAGCAGAACCAACACAGCACCCAGCUGGUCCAGAACCAGGUGCAGAUCAUCCUAAGAGACUGUGAGGUGGAGGACAGAGCACUGAGGGAGCUGCUUCCCAUCCUGCAUAUUGUCAAGCUGAGCCCCAGCAAAGCUCUGCUACGUCAGCUGCUGGACCUUGUGUGUGAGGGGAUUGAAGAGGGGGUGCUGAGGCACGCAGAGUCCCUGUGCAGAGCCCUGGAUGGAGAGCUGGACCUCAGUGAGACCAGGCUGGACCAGAAGGCCUGUGGAUCUCUGGCCCUGGUUCUGGAACACUCAGAGGGGCUGUCAGAACUGGACCUCAGCCACUGUCAACUCACAGACCACCACCUACAGGCCCUGAUCACACACCUGCACAAAGUACAAGUCCUGGACCUGAGUCACAAUGACAUCACUGAUGCUCUGACUGACAGAAUACUCCAACUGGUCUCCACCAACACUUCAAUACACACCGUACGACUCUUCAACAACAGAAUCCAGGACAGAAGACCCCUCCUGACAGACAAGAGGUUUGAGAUCUGGUGAAGAUAAUGUUGUAUAAUGACAGUAUAAUGUGGUCAAUGUAUAUAGAAGGCUGGUUCAAAAUUACACUGAUUGAUCUGAGUCCAUAAAAAUAGUCUUAGGGACAGGAAUGUAUAAUCUGGUGGACAGACGUCUUACAUGUGUUGUCAAUCAGGUCCUUAAAAACACAGGAACAUGUGUAUUAUAACUGUAGGAUAGGAAUAUGUAGUUUUAUUGACCACUAACAGUUUGUGUGUAAAUACUUUAAAUAUUCAUACAUUAUUUUGUAUCUAAUUUUUUAAAGAAAUGAUUGGUAUACCUUGUUUUAUUAAUAUCUACAUGGUACUGUAAUACUCAGUUAGACAGACAUACA